AUGGAGAUCUAUCUAAAUCAAGUUGACUACAUCCAGGUUGGUGCAACAUCCCAGAAAACUAUGAGGCUGCUCCCAAGACUUGGAAAAAAGGCAACACAGAAGGUUGCUAUUGCAGAUCAUGAUGGUAUAGUUACAUGUUUUGUGAUGAAGAGGGGUGAAGCAGUGCUCGUGCUUAAAACACUUCCAUGGCAGAAAAUAUCCAGACUGGACCUCGGAGGAGCUGCGGGAACUCCACAGGAGAAAAUCUUUGUCUGUUCUGGUUCUCGGAUCCGAGGAUUUACCAAGAAAGGGAAACAGUUCCUCACCUUUGAAGUCAACCUCGCCAGGGACAUUAAUGCCAUGCAUGUCUUAGGCGCCAACCUUUUUGUGUGCGCGAGUUACAUCUACAACCACUACUGUGACUGCAAGGACCAAGACUACUACCUCUCUGGAGACAAAAUCAAUGACAUCACAUGUUUGUCCUCAGAGAAUCUGACUCGCUUCGUCCCGGUUCUGGCGUGCCAAGAUCGGGUCCUCAGGGUCCUGCAGAGAUCUGAGCUCGCCUACGACAUUAAAGUCCCUGGCCCUCCAUCUGUCUUGGAGCUGUACAACAAAGAUGGAGGUGAGUUAGCCAAGGAAAUCCUUUAUGGAACUACAGAUGGACAAAUAGGAUUGGUUGAGAUUGGUGAGAGCUCAGCUGCAACUAAAUGGGAGAUUGACAAUGACAAAAAGAAAGGAGGAAUUCUCUGCAUUGACACAUAUGACAUUAUUGGAGACGGAGUGAAUGACAUCCUGGUGGGCAGGGAUGAUGGGACGGUGGAGGUUUAUGGAUUUGACAACUCAAGUGAGCCAGCGUUGCGCUUUGAGCAUGUUUUAUCAGAGAGCGUGACCUCCAUCCAGGGUGGCUGCGUGGGUAAAGAGUCCUAUGAUGAAGUCUUGACUGCCACUUAUACAGGAUGGGUGACUGGUUUGACCACUGAGCUCCAGAAGGGUGAACUCGGCCCCGGAGACGAGGUCAGGAUAAGUAAAGAGACCCAGUCCAAAGUGGAAGCACUCAGGGUGGAGUUAGAGCAGCUGCAAGCCCAAGUCCUGCAGGGCCGUCAACUGUACUAUCAGACCUUUCAGCCCACUAUCUUUAUUGUGCCCAACUUCAGCAUUAAUGACACCUUCACCCUCUGCCAGGAUGAUGCCUCCUACAGCCUCACCCUGGAGGUGCAGGCUGGCAUCGACAACCUGCUGCUCCAGAGCGACGUUCCCAUAGAGUUGCUGGACGUGGACAAGGACUUUGUCGUUGUCAGUUUGAGUGAAUGUGACUCAGAGCCGAAUGGGAGCUUCCUCCUGGCGACCUGCAGAUGUAUGGCCUACACUACCAGACUUAAGAUCAAGGUGAGGACUAUUGAAGGACAGUAUGGCACCCUGCAGGCUUAUGUUACCCCCAGACUGCAACCCAGGACCUGCAAGGUUCGCCAAUACCAGAUUAAACCUCUGUCUCUCCACCAGCGGACACACAGCAUAGACCAAGAAAGGCCCAUGAACAGGCUCAGUCUGGUGGGACAGUUCAGUUUUGCAGAGAUUCACUCUUGGGUGGGUUUAUGCUUGCCAGAGGUGCCAGAUAAAACACCAGCAGGAGCAAACAUCACUUUCUAUUUCCACAACACUUUCCUCAGCACGCAGCUUGAAGCCACCUACUGCAAAGGGGAGGGUCACUUCAAAUCCGACAACAUCUCUACCAUUUCCAUACUGAGUGAUGUUCUUUCAAAGGAAGCGACCAAACGGAGAAUCAACCUGAACAUUUUACACGAUAUCAAUGAUGACUCUGUGAGCCAAACUCUUAAGAUUAUCCAUCCAAAACUAGAGUACCAGUUGUUGCUGGCUAAGAAAGUUCAGCUUAUUGAUGCACUUAAAGAGCUUCAGGUUCAGGAGGGGAACGCAGACUUUCUCAUCCCAGAGUAUCGCAGCAUCUUGGAUGAUUCCACUAUUCUCCUUGAAGAGUACAAGAAACACUCGGCACACCUUGAGAGGCUUUACGGCAUGAUCACAGACCUCUUCAUUGACAAAUUCCAGUUCAAAGGCCGAAAUGUGAAAACCAAGGUGUCCUCAUUACUGGGGAUUUUGGAUAAUUAUGACUUGAAUUCCCUGUUAGAUUUUUUCAAUGAGGCAUAA